GACCCGUCAGCAAUCGGAGUUGGCCGGUGCUGCGGCAGCCGGCGAGCAGCGAUGGCCGGGCAGAUGGCGGUGCUGGGCUCGGCAAUUCUGGCUCUUCUGCUAGCUGGCUAUCUAGCUCAACAGUAUUUACCAAUGCCCACACCAAAAGUAAUUGGGAUUGAUCUUGGCACAACUUACUGCUCUGUAGGUGUCUUUCUUCCUGGAACAGGGCAGGUGAAGGUUAUUGCAGAUGAAAACGGGCACAACAGCAUUCCAAGUAUAGUGUCUUUCACGGACAGAGAUGUAUACGUCGGAUAUGAUGGCCUAGAACUUGCUGAUGCAAAUCCUCAGAAUACUAUAUAUGAUGCAAAAAGAUUCAUUGGGAAAAUCUUCACUUCAGAAGAACUGAAGAGUGAAAGUAGCAGGUAUCCAUUUAAGAUUUUCAACAACGGUGGAUCAGCUGAAUUUUCUGUGACAACUAAUGAAACCUUUCGUGUCACUCCGGAGCAUAUCGGCUCUCAGCUGCUACUGAAAUUGAAGAGAAUGGCAGAAGACCAUCUUGGUGUGCCCAUUUCAAAGGCAGUCAUCUCUGUGCCAGCAGAGUUUGAUGAAAGGCAACGGAAUGCCACUGUUAAGGCUGCUAACCUUGCAGGGCUAGAAAUCUUGCGAGUAAUCAAUGAACCCACAGCUGCGGCUAUGGCUUAUGGACUCCACAAAGCUGAUGUGUUUAAUGUCCUGGUGGUAGAUUUGGGUGGAGGAACUUUGGAUGUGUCUCUGCUGAACAAGCAGGGAGGGAUGUUCCUCACACGAGCCAUGGCAGGUAACAACAAACUUGGAGGACAAGAUUUUAAUCAGAGGUUGAUGCAGCAUUUAUACGAUCAACUCAAUCAAGUAUAUGGUUCUCUGCCAUCAAGAAAAGAAGAAAUACAUCGCCUCAGACAGGCUGUGGAAGCAGUUAAGCUAAAUUUGACUAUUCAUGAGGCAUCUACAUUAAGGGUGUCAUUGACUGUGCCAGAAAGGAAGCUUACAAAAGAACUGCCUGAAAGUGAUGUAAAGCCAAAUACUGUUCCUAACAGCAAGCCUUCACAGAAAACGAAAGACUUGCAAAAUCUUGGAGAUGCUUCAGAUGGAGAAAACAACUUUGUCAAAGUUGUGUUUGAAAGAGAAAUUUCUAGGAAACUAUUUGAGAUGUUGAACGAGGACCUUUUUAAGAAAAUUCUUGUUCCCAUUGAACAGGUGUUGAAGGAAGGCCACCUACACGAAGAGGAAGUGGAUGAAAUUGUGUUAGUUGGGGGCUCCACCCGGAUUCCUAAAAUACGUGAAGUUAUUCGGGAUUUCUUUGGAAAGGAACCCAACACCUCCGUAGACCCUGAUCUAGCAGUUGUAAUGGGUGUAGCAAUCCAAGCAGGAAUUGUUGGUGGGUCCUGGCCUCUCCAAGUAAGCGCAAUAGAAAUUCCCAAUAAGCAUUUACGAAAGACUAAUUUUAAUUAAAGAUAAACUCUUUCCCAUUGCAUCCCAUUUCUCCGAAAGCAUACUUGGAUGGUGCAUAUUUAUCUGACUGUCAGUGGAGCCUAACCUUAGCCAUAUAAUAUUCUAUUAUUUUUUUUUUGUAAUCUGUUUGAGCUAAAUGUUAUCUUAAAGGUACAAGUGAUUUUUAAAGCUCUGAAGUCUUUGAAGUCGUAUUUGCCUCUAGAUUGGAUACAGAGUGAAAAUCCUAAAGAUGACACACUCAUAUUCUUUUGCUAAAUUUUAUUAGCAAAUCUGGAAGAGGUGUUUGUUUAAAAGUUAAAGAGAGUGUGACCAAAGUUUAGAAAUAAUGCAGCAUUGUAGUAUGGAUGUUCCUGUGUCAAGUAUAUUUUAUUUAGAAGAAUGUGAAGCAGUGUUAACGCACAUAGCACUAGCAGUGUUGAGCUAAAAUUUAUUUAUUAAAAUGAGUCAUUUGAGCAUUUAAAAACCUUUCUAAAAGGCAUACUGCAGCUUGAAUGAGAUUUAUACAUUCACUUGAAUCUUCUGCUGUUCAUAACAGCAUACUAGUUUUAUGAAGACCACGUGGCAAAUUACUGUCUCAUGUUUGAGUCAAAACAUAUUAAGAAAUUUAGCUCUUGGUAAUGUGGAGUUGCUUAGUGUGUCUACAAUGGCUAAAUUCCUGAAACAUUCUGGAUGGUUAACAUAGAGGUGCUGCUGUCUUACACUUAAGAACAAGUGCGUAUCACCAACUGUUUAUACCUCUCUCCACAUUAUUUGAAAACCAUAUUAAUUUAUGUAUCUUGAAGCUACAUGUGUAUAUUUUCCUUUGAAUUUUACCAACAUGAAUUAAAUUGUCGCACAAUUGCAAGUGUAUGACAUCUUCCCACUGCCCCCCCGCCCCCCCAGCUCUACUGUUUUCAGGGGAAGAAGUGUGGGACCAAAUGAACUGCUUAGAUGAAAUCUAGUUCCUCUCAUUGAUGAAAACUCAUCCAGCUUUGUUUAUACAUUUUAGCUAGUAUCUCUGUUAGUAUCUAGUAUCUUUAAGUUGUGUGAUAUUCCUACUCUAAACUCAGCGUAGAUAACAGCUGGUAGCUGUUUAUCUGAGAAAGAAGCAGUGCCUGUAACUAAGGAUUAGAGGUAAAGAUUCUUCAGCCUAUAUUUUAAGCAAAUACUUUGCCAUUCACCUAUGUAGCAAAUGAAAGAGGAGAAAAGGAUGAUAAAAUUAAAAAGAAAAAUUGUGAAGCUUUUUUUUUUUUUUUUUUUUGGAAAGUUAAAACGUUACUUAAUGGGCCAAGGGAUUUUCUAUCUGUUUAGAACUCUCAAGUGAAGGCAUUCAACUCAGGAUUGUCUUUAUCCAUCAUUGCAGUAUCAGGUAAGCUUUAGUAAUAGGUGAUUUUAAGCAUUUUCUUGUAUGCUCCAAAAAAUAACUUUGAUAAGCAUGCCAAGGCAUCAAGUGUGGGCUUAGAGCUAUGGUUUAACCCCUGACCACGUUAAAAUAGGCCUAUUAUUCUCCUGGCAUAGACCAGAUCUAUGGCACUGCCUUCCCAAUUCUGCUGAUGCAGCUGUUUGCAUAGCUGUGGUCUAAACAUACCUUUGAAGUAAUCCUAUUAAAAACCUCUUGAGUUUUAGUUUUGUUUAGCCAUUCCAUGGGUGGUGUUUAACUUCACAAAGAUUCCCAAAAUACCGAUAACAUUUAAUUUCACUGAGUUGAAAACUAAAGGAACUUUUUGGAUGCUUUUUUCCCUGCCUUUAUACCUUCGGAAAUCACCUGUCUUUACAUAUAUAUGGGAAUUCUAGUAAAAUCUGAUAAUGUAUUAAAAUAAAAUACUGCAUGUUUAUAAAAUAAAAGGGAGUGAGGUAAGGGACCAAGGUGAAUAGAACUAAAACUCCCGAGUUGAAAGAAGUCUUUUAGUGAAGUCGAUGCCAGUAUGCAGUACAGUUCUCAUAUGCAGUUGCCUUGCAGAUAUAUUUGUGUACAUUCACUAUAUUUUUUUCCAGAGUAUUUGGAGUCAUUGUGGCCUUUCUGCUGCCCUGCUGUAAAUUCAUCUCAAAAUACUGUGGAAUUUUUGUAGGACUUCAGGUUUUUUAUUUGUUUAAUGCAGGUCUGCUUAUUUUACACAGUGUAAUAAAAUAGAUUAAAAUAAAACCACAUUGCAGUUGGGCUAAACUAUUAAAAGCUUUUUGCAGUUUUAGGACAAGUUAGGCAGAAGUGAGGGUGUAACUUUAAACUGUUUAAACAAUGCAAAUAAAGGAAGUACUUUAGCAUAUUCCUUCAGUCUAGAGGAGAUUAAAAACAAAAUCUCUAGUUUUAAUCUGGGUAAGGGGAGGGUGAGUUGUUUAUUAAGAAAAAUAAUUUAAAAAAUCACAAAAGGGUAUUUAUUCUUUCAGUUUUCUAUGCAGCUUGAAGUAAAAAAGCUACUGUACAUCAGAUAUCUCCCAAUGCAUCCUUAUUUAUUUUCUGAAUUCUGCAAAUUAUGUUGUCUUUGAUCUUACUACUGUGUCAUAUAUUAAAAUAUAUUUCAUAUUUGAAAGAUGAGUAGGACACUGCACUAACUGGAUGUUUCUAGAUAUGCAGAUGUACUGCUUAGCAGAAGCCUUUGUUUAAAUAAAUUGGUAUUCAAAGGCUGAACUCUUUCUACAAGCUCUCCUGGAAAUCUUGAGUACGGUUACCUGUGGUGUUAAGUGUAUGAGAAGUUUAUACAGUUAAAACUUGUGUUGCAAGUUGAAAUUCGAAAUGCCUAAGCUGCCUCACCAGCAGUAUGUUCCUGAAUUGUUUCCAAAUGCAGAUGAUGAAAUGCAUUUUAUAAAUAACCUUUUAGAAUGUUUUUAAUAAAAAGAAUUUCUGUCCUUCA